AUUAAAUUAUUGAAAUAAAAAAAAACCAAAACAAUUAAUGAGUUUGCAAUUUAAGAAAAAAUUUACAAAAGAACAUAAAGUGAAGGAUAAAAUGUAUUAUAAAAUGGAUUUUCAUAUGUUUGUAUUGUGCAUAUUUUUAAUGCAGCUUAUAAGUACCUCUGCUUUACCGUGCGAUUCCUGUGGCAAUGAAUGCGCCAAUGCCUGCGGUACUAAGCACUUUAGAACCUGCUGUUUUAAUUACUUGCGCAAACGUACCGAUCCAAAUGCCAUGAAAAUGAUAACGAACAAACGUCUAAUCGAUUUCAUUAUGUUGCAAGGACGUGCCAUGUUUACACAAAAUGAAUUGAGUAACGAGAAAAAGCAGCAGCAAAAACAAAAACAACAAGAGCAACAUUUACGCGAACAACAGAAAUUAUUAUUGCCCCGAUCAGCAUUUCCCUUUAGCAAUGAUGACGAACGUCACAAUGGCACCUUUAUAUUGGAAGACUUACAGGCCUACUACGACUAAAGA